CCGACAUCCUCUCCAUCGCUCCCUGCUAAGCUGCCACUAACCAUUGCAUACACAUCCUGCGUGAUCCCAAGGCGACAAUGGCCGGACGAGCGGUACUGUCGGCGGUCCUGUUGUGCAUGGCGGCCGCCAUGGCCGCGGGGCAGUCGGCGUCAAACGUGCGCGCCACCUACAACUUCUACAACCCAGAGAAGAUCAACUGGGACCUCAACACCGCCAGCGCCUACUGCGCCACAUGGGACGCCGGCAUGUCCUUCGCCUGGCGCUCCAAGUAUGGCUGGACCGCCUUCUGCGGGCCUGCCGGGCCCACCGGCCAGGCAUCCUGUGGCAAGUGCCUCCAGGUGACGAACACGGCGACCGGCGCACAGAUUACAGCGAGGAUCGUCGACCAGUGCAGCAACGGCGGCCUGGACCUGGACCACGACACGGUGUUUAGCAAGAUCGACACCAACGGGCUGGGUAUGCAGCAGGGCCACCUCACCGUCAACUACCAGUUCGUCGACUGUGGCGACAACUAAGCAAGAAUUGGCGCUCCAACGCAACGCUAUGGAAAAUACAGUAAUAAGAAGCUUCUGCAAAUCGUAAUAAAGUGGAAUAAAUUGGACUGCGAUAGAUGGAACCAAGGUUUUAACCCCAUAAUCACAAUCCUUAUGUAUGGAUGGACUAGGACACCAUUAUAGAUGAGUAACAACGAUGUCGUCUGUUGAAUGUGGGAUAUUAUGGAGUUUUGCUCUUUUUGGUCAUCAUCAAAUUUGUUUCCAACUCGUUUCAGUAGGUUGCAGCGCUCAAUGAUCUGGGGAGGUUAACUACGAUAAAACAUGAUGUUCAUUACUCCUA